UUUCAUGGCUCGCAAAUGAAUUAAGAGUCAUGAUCUUAGAAACGAGAUUCAUGGUCACUUUCUUCCAAAUAAUCUUACUUUCUGUAGUAGUUUGCAAUCCGAAUCCUUAUCUGUCGCCUCAAUCUAACAGGAUGGAUUCAAUGUACUUUCUGCCAUCCGGGAUUUCAUUAGCACUUCUGUUACUCGAGACACUCAUUUGUGUCGUCGCUACGGUCGGAAGUUGUCUUAUCCAAAACAUUUUUUGCAUCUUUACACAUUUGCUUGGAUGUUUAUUUUGUGCAUUUCUGAUCAUUGAUCAUUGGAGUGUUGGUCAGCUUUGGUAUAUAUUUGGUUUUACAAUUGUAAUACCACUUAUCACAGAAGUCAUAUGUACUAUAAUCAUUUUUACGAAAAGAAAGUAAUGAUGUUGGACGCAUUAGAUGGUUCAUAUAUUUAAGAAAUGAAGAUGUCCAUACAUCCAUAUACAAAAAUACUACCUAAUCUACAGUAUGUGAAUUGAACCGUUUUUGAUAAACAGAACUUUUGAUCCAAUUGUCUAUUUUUUUGAUCUCAACCGUUUUAAGUUCUAAUAGUGAAUCAUGGUUAGAUUUGAUUGUUGUAACUAAAUUGUUGUAACAUGUAAAUUAGUGGCUUUGUACAUUACAGCCAUAUCAGUAGAUAAAUCAGAUUUUGUAACAAUAAAACUAGAACAUUUGAGUGGGAUUUUGGUAGACAUUUACGAAUCUUUUUGUACCAUUAAUUGAAACAGUUUACAGUGAC